UCAAAGACGCUUUCUCAUCAACCACACAAUCCUAAUUUCUUUAACAGUCUUUCGUCGAACAUCAAAAUCGCAAUGAGAAUGUCGAUCAUCCCAAGUUUCUUCGGUGGCUGACGAAGUAACGUCUUCGACCCCUUCAAGGAUUUCCCGUUCCCCACAUUUUCCGAACUUUCUCAGGAAAAUUCUGCGUUUGUGAACACCAGAAUCGACUGGAAAGAGGCCCUAGAAGCACACAUGUUCAAGGCCGAUCUUCCAGGGCUGAAGAAGGAGGAAGUGAAGGUGGAGAUUGAAGAUGACAGAGUCCUCCAGAUCAGCGGAGAGAGGAAUGUGGAGAAGGAAGACAAGAACCACACGUGGCAUAGGGUGGAGCGUAGCAGCGGAAAGUUCAUGAGGAGGUUCAGGUUGCCGGAAAAUGUGAAGAUGGAGGAGGUGAAGACGUCCAUGGAGAACGGGGUUCUUACAGUCACUGUUCCAAAGGAGGAGGUCAAGAAGCCUGACGUUAAAGCGAUUAAAUUUCGGGAUGAAGUUGUAUCCGUUGGAUUGUUUUGGUCCUCAAAUAAAUAUUAAAUAAAUAAAUAAAAGUGUUUAAUAAAUGUAAUAUUUUUUUUUUUUC